UUUUUAACAUAAAGUGUGGUGAUAAAUGGAUUAGGCUGCAGUCAGGAUGACUUCAGCGUCCUACACCGCUGACGCAGGGCGGAGCUAUCCUAUAAAAUGUUCCCCUGCCGGGACUUCACACCACAGAAGGAGAGACGGUGCUGGUCACUGGCUUGCGGCUUACAGGGAGGCAGAAGAGCAAAAAUACAGGCGUCAACGCAGGAGAACAAAAGCAGCUUAUAAAAAAUGUGAGAGCGAGCUGGCUGAUACUUCUCAUGGAGUCACAUUAGACAGAGCUUUCCUGCUCCAGUUGCAUCAUGUUGACAGACCCUCUGAGCUCUGUUCUCUGGACAUCAGCGAGCAGAAACUAAGCUCUGUCAAACCAGAAGAACUCGAGGUGUUUGAUAACGUGGCUUACAUCAACGCAUCUAUUAACUCCCUCUCUCUAGGAUCUUUCAGUAGUUUUGUGUCUCUAAGAGAACUCAACCUGUCAUUAAAUGAGGUUAGCGACUUGAUGUUUGAUGCUGCUGCCUUCGCUCUUCUCGAGGUUCUGGAUUUGUCCUACAACUGCUUAUCACCUGAUGCUAUUGUUUCUCUCGGUCGGCUCCCACGUCUUAAGGUCCUUCAUCUAACUGCAAAUCAGCUUCAGCAUCUCCCUCCUAAUCUGGGCUCCUCACACCAAGACCCCACUCAGCUGUUGACUAAAGAGGAAGACGCAUGCUUUCAAUCUCUAGAAGUCCUGAUGCUUGACGAUAAUGAACUGACCUCUGGAGUCUUCAGCCGUCUUAAAAACCUAAAGAGGCUAAAGCAUUUAAGCCUACAGGGGAACUGCAUUUCUGAAAUACCGUUCAUGCAACUGGUGGGUUAUUCCAAACCUGUGCAGACUGCCACUGAAGAAGAGGCGGAAGAGGCACUCGCUCACUCGGAGCCUUCCGAUCAGUAUUUGACAAGAAUCUCAGAGAUCUUUCACAAACACAACUGGGAGCAGAACCGCAAAGAAUCCAGUUUACCUCUUCCAGCACUGCAGUACCUCAAUCUAGCUGACAACAAGGUUGCUAAGGAGGAAGCACUGAUGGCUGCCACUCUUUUCCCGAUGCUUCGUGAAAUUGAUAUUCAGUUCAACCCCAUAACCACGCGGAGGAGAGGAGACCCUCCCUUGCUGGCCUACAUGCAGGAGAGACUUGGAAUAACAAUAAAGCAGAAGAAAACACAGGAGGUUGUGAAGCGCCCGCUGAAAGUGUCCAAUGAACCAAAAUGGAGGGUGGAUGAAAAAAUGCCAAAGGUGUCAAAGAAGCUAUUACUGCUGAAUCCACAAAGCCAGGCUGGCAAAAAUGAAGGCAAGAGCAGCAGAAACCACACCUUCCAUGAAAAAAGAAACCCCUUCUUUCUUACUCAGGCAGCAGAUGGACCUGAGUUUGAAUUUGGUCUUCUUCCUGAAGACAAAGAAACUGCAGACAGCAAGGAGAGAAACAUUUCCAAUCCCGAGCAGUUUGAUUUCUUGAUGGAUGUCGAACCGAACCCUCGUGUGCUCAAGCUUAAUGGAAUUCAAACAGCUGUUCGGAUGCUGGAGCACACACUGAAGAAUCUCAAUGUUUACAGGGACUCGAAACCAAAGCUCGACAGCAUCCAGACGCCAUACAGGGAGCGAGAGAAAAGGAUUAAGGAGCUGCCACCUCUGAAACCUGUGAAGCAGCUGACUGAAAGGGUAGAUGACAUGAUCAAAGAAAUCAGAGAGAGUAAAACAGUAAAAGUGGUCCCUUUAGCCACUGCCCUACACAGCAGAAGUGUCAGUAAGCAAGAAUAUAAGGAAGCUCUCUCGCUGAUGAGGGACAUGAAAAGAACAUAUAAGAUGGUCCACGCGAAAACAAUGGAGCAAGAAGCCGCCAUCGAGUCUGACAGAGACUCUGACCAAAUCUGAGCUGAAUCUCCAUCUGUUUAAAAGUCACGUCCAAAUAAUUAGCCGAGCAGAUUUUCUUUGGCUUGAAAUGUUUUCUUUGUAUUACUCUGAGCAGAAAUAAGUAAAUGGAGCAAUGUUUUCCUCAACUAUCAGCUCUGGAGUCGAAGUGCAGAGUUCACAAAGCUCAAGCAGAUGCAAGGGUGUCUAAUUGUAACUAAAAAAGUGUGCCACUGUCUGCUCCCCGUAAGCCUGACGGUUCUGAGCAGCUGUGCCGGAUGAAUGCAUUGUAUUCAUUAGGAGUUUAUCAGUUGUGAAAACAGAAAGUAGAGAGAGCUUUUUCUCUUUUUUUUUGUUUUGGGUGAGGAGAGGUGUUUUAAACUGUUUGUGCACAUUUGUAUGCAAUCACCCUGUCCUGUAGAAGGAACACUGGGGUGGAUUUACAGUGAAACAAAGUCCACAUCAAGCCCUGCUGUAACUGUAAAACUGUGUGCAUUACUGCUCUUAUUUUAUAGCUUGGAAAAAUUUUAUAGCACAAAAUGAUUUUUUUCUUAGCAGCCAGCGUGUUGUUUUACCAGCUGUAUUUGAAAAUGUUGUACACCCUCUAAUGGUUCCCAAUCAGCUAUUCUCCAUGUGCAUCACCCUCUCACUCACCUUUUAUAUGAGAUUUUCAAAAAUGAUUAUUUGGCUGAUUAUUAUCUUUUCGUAACUUUGAACAGACUUCUGCAGUGCAGAAUGAUUUAGGUUUCGAUGCCAAUGUGCGGUAUUACUACAAGCUGCGAGUGGUAGUUGUUUGUUUUCGUUGCUCAUUCCCUUUUUGAUUUCAUGGUCUUGUCCAUCAUAUGAUUUUGAUUAUUUGUCUCGAGUGCAGCGUGCAGAUGUGGAAUGCAUGUUCAGCCCCUGUGGAAUAAAUCACUUGGCACUCUGAAGAUACUGGGUGCAGGGAUUCUGCGUUUUUACAUUCAUGUCGGGACAUUUUUCUGCUCCUGUAUGGAUUGAAUCAUAAACCAUUUAUGCAUUUCUUACACUAAACCAAAAAGCGUGCUCUGGCAGGGGGUUCGGUUUAAGACAGGACCCAGAUUCAACAUGCGAGGAGGUUGUAGGGAAAAAGGUGAUAAACUUUUAUGGAACGAGCCGAGGAACAGCUGAGGUGUUGAUCUUGGGAGGGGAAGACACAGAAGAGAUGAAGAACAGACAGAAUGGGCCUAAUGCAGCACAAACAAUGGAUCAGAGUCACCUGAUCCAACCAUAGAAGGAAAUUUUGAAGCCUAAUGUUAGAUGCAGAGAGAGUCUGCCUUCCAAACCCAAACCUGGAGCCUGGAAGGGCUCUGCCUCUCAUUAUGCUCCCGGAAACAGUGGGAACCACAAGUAAGAAUGUACUCUGAGGGUUAACAUGCUGCUCCGGGAUCUUUAGGAUAAAAGUUGCUUGGUUAUAAUUUAAUUCUGGAUUUCACGGUCUUUUUCAGUUCGAUCAAAAAUGUAAACACAACAGAAGGUAGUGCUUAGUUAUUGAAACCGGGCUGUCUGCAUGAUUGGGCGUGAGCUGCCUUAACAUGGUGUUGUGGUUGUGUUGUAUAGCUACUGUGAAUUUUUGCCCCCGGGAAACACGCCUAAUAAUAAAAACAGUGAAAAAAAAUUACAGUAGCUGCUCAGCAUAGCAAUGGAGUGCAUGCAGUGUUUCCUUGUAACUUUGGCUAAAAGAAGGAACUCUUUUAGUUUUGUGUGUGGAAGAGUCAGCAUUGGGUUCCAGUCAUAUGUUCUAAUGAAAUCAAUCACUGAGCUCUAGCAUGAGAAUCGCUGGUGAGUUUCUGUUCUGUGAUAUUUCAUACGUGAGGAAAGCUUCAUCCACAGUGUGUCAUUGUAGUGUCACACAAAUCUUAGCAAUAAACAACUUUCAGCAUUGCAAUUAGUUUAUAGCAGUGUUCUAUUAUUUUUUCACUAAAAAGUUAGUCUUGAUGGAUGAAGAGUUUGACACCGUGAAAACAAUCGGUACAGUGCUGCUCAGUGCUAUCAGGCAAACACCUGGUCUCCAGUCUGAUGGCCUUGUUCAGGUCUUUUCAUCCUUAACUAUAUUUUUGCUGGUAAUGAGGAGCCUGUGCCAAAUGGCAGAGACACCCUUCUACAGAAAUACUGUUUUCCAGUCCAGUGGAGCUCAGCUCCACACAGCCGAGCUUGUCUGAGCUGCAGCGAUAUUCCGCAGUAUUGGACACAACAGCUGCUGGAAAUACUCGAUGCUAAAUAGAUUAUAAAUGAUCAGAUUGUUUUCAUUAUUGACUCUCAAAUUGCACUUUUACUGCCUAUCCAGGCUUGGGUGCGACUCCAUUAAAGUGCCCCGAGAUUUGUUGUUGCUUUCACUAACAUUAUGGAUUUUGUUCCUCAGCCAGGAAGUCCUAGCAUGAACUUAUUUUCUUUGACCAGAUUGCUGUUACAGAGUAAUUUAGAAAUGAUAAUGAUUAGUACUUGCAGUCCAGUGCUGUCAUGUUGUAA